AUGGGCAGCUUGUAUAAGGAUGAGCAGGACAACUGGAUCACAGUGUGUCUCAAGUACCUUCUCUUCGUUUUUAACUUCCUGUUCUGGAUGGGUGGUGGGGUGGUGAUGGGUGUCGGGAUCUGGACGCUGGUCGAUAAAGGAGAGUACCUGAGCCUGCUGGCCUCCAGUACAUUCGCCGUGUCCGCUUACAUUCUGAUCCUGGCAGGAGGGCUGGUGAUGGUCACGGGGUUCCUGGGCUGCUGCGCCGUCAUACAUGAGCAGAGGAGCUGUCUGUCCACGUACUUCUCCUGUCUGCUUCUGAUCUUUCUAAUUGAGUUGGUGGCUGGUGUUCUGGCCUACGUUUAUUAUCAGUCGCUGAGUGAAGAGCUGAAGCAGCACUUGAGCAAGACAAUGACAGAGAACUAUGCCCAACCUGGAAAAGAGAGCAUCACACAUUCUGUGGACAGACUACAGCAGGAUUUCAAGUGCUGUGGGAGCAACAACUCAUUUGACUGGACACACAGCGCGUACAUCAUGUCCCUGGAAGCGGAGAAAAGAUUGGUCCCAGACAGCUGCUGUAAGACCAUCACCCAUCAGUGUGGAAAGAGAGACCACCCCUCAAACAUCUACAAGGUGGAGGGCGGCUGUAUCACUAAACUGGAGCAGUUUCUGUCAGAUCACUUGCUCAUUAUUGGUGCUGUGGGAAUAGGUGUGGCCUGUCUACAGAUUUGUGGAAUGGUGUUCACCUGUUGCCUGCACAGGCGAAUUAAACUGGACCCGUACUGACUGCUCAGAAAUGUUAUAUGCCUUUCCUGACACUCAAACACACACAAACAUAGCCUUACUACCGUUUCCAUUUUAAACUGCAUGACCAAACCCAUUUACAUUGAUAUAAGGGCUUUAUUAUCUUUCAUUGGUUAAAUUUUUAGACAAAUGUUGCUAUUGUUAUUGAAUCCUUAUAAUCUUAAUAGUCUUGAAAGAUAUGGGAUAUUAUUGUCAUUUAGAUGUCAAGGAAUUGGUCAGAAAAAAACACAAAUUUUCACUUUUAGUAAAUUUUAAUAUAUCAGAGUAUUUUUUAUUAACCACAUAUUUGCUUUGAUUUACUCAUAUUAAAUGUAUGUAAUUUGCUGCUCAAUCUUAAGGAGGUGUGGGAACCAGCUUAUAGGCACAAAAUACACUGGACCAAUGUCAAA